GCUAAGCUUUUGAUUCCUAAUGGAAAGUCAAUCACUGAGUAAUCUUUUUCUUUUCUCUUUCUUUUCACAAUAAAGGUGACAGUUCCAUUCCUUCCCUUCCCCUCCAAGUUUCUUCACCAAAAUAAAAGCAGCGGGCAACAUUGCCAUACCUGCAAACAUCCAUGCAAACCCAAGGGGUCAAAUUUUCAUCGAUUUUUUGUCUGAUGACACACAGAAUUGUUGGACUCCUGUCUGGUACCAGUAUACAAGAAGAUCAAAAGCUUUGCUCCAUAUAAACCGUGGAUUUCACCGUCGAAAAAAGUAAAAAGGUGGAAGCAACAGCAGAAAGCUCCAUGGUGAUGGUAAAGGUAGACGGCGGUCGUUCCUCCUGCAGCUCUGAGGGUGAUGACACUCUUGGCAAUUCCUAACUUCUUCUUCUUCUUCCUUUUUUUUUCCCCCCUCUUAUCUAUAAUUCAAGUUAAUUAUCAACUUUGCAGAUUCACCUGUAUACAAAAAGUUGGAAUAAAUGUUGGAGCAUAAAUGGAUUUAAUUAUUUCUUCUUUUCUUAUUAAUCUGAUUUAGUUGGUCAUUAUAGUCUGAAGUUAAUUAUUUGACGAGAACAGAAUUUUCCGUUUGGACGAGAGACAAUCCACCGGCACACUAUAUGUUGAGGAUAGAAUCAUUUUCACUGCUGUGUCAGGUACUUCAAAUCACUGCUGAGAAACGAUAUGAAUCCCUAGCUUUCAAAGCAGGGGGCUACAACUGGAAGUUGUCUCUUGACCCUAAUGGUGGCAAAGGAAGUGAUGGCCAUGGAGAUGGGAACAUUUCUCUCUACUUGAUGAUUGUUGAAACUAACACUUUAAUUACCUCUUGGAUGGAUGAUAGAUGUCAAUUUCAAACUUUUUGUGUACGAUCAAAUUGGAGCCAAGUAUUAUGUCUUUGAUGGUAGAGUUUCUUAAUUUGAUCAGUGUUUUUCUUUUUAUUUUAUUUUUAUUUUUGGGGCAUGACAGUAGAUGAUGGAUGCUGCUAAAAUGCUGUACGUGGUAACAUAUAAUUCAUAUUUCGUCCCUUUCUCUUCUUUCUUGUAUUUAAGAUUCUAAAGCAAAGGCUAGACGUUUUCAUGCAAGGAAAACUGAAUGGGGAUUUUCAAAACUACUCUCGCGCAAAGAUUUCGCUGAUGCUUGUAAUGGAUAUCUUGUGGGAGAUACCUGUGUAUUUGGAGCAGAAGUGUAUGUAGAAAAUGAAAAUUAUUUUGGAGUUGGUGAGUGUUUGUCAAUGUUGAAUACUAAAGAUGAGGGAUUCACUUGGAAAAUUGACAAAUUUUCCCUCUUGGACGAGGAAGUGAUUGAGUCAGGAACUUUCACUGCUGGCGGACUGGAAUGGUCGUUAUCUCUCUACCCAAAGGGGGAUUCAAGUAGUGAUGGUGAAAGCCUUUCGCUCCUUCUGAAUUUAAUUGAUGCUGAAUGCGUUCGAGGAGGGCGAAAAAUUUGUGCGCAGUUCAUGAUCCUAGUAAAAGACCAGCUUAAUAACAAACAUUAUUCUCUAGCAGAUGCUGCGUGGUUUUUUAGCAUAUUUGAUUGUUGGUGUUGCUCUAACUUCAUGCCGCUGAGAGAUCUUCAGUGCCCAUCAAGAGGUUUCCUCGUGAAUGAUACAUUAAUAAUUGAAUUCAAGCCAGAUGUUAUAUCCAACAUCAAGAAAUUCGCUUGAACUUUUGUGUUCAUGUUUGUUGGUGUUUCGUAAUUAUCUUUUCUAGCUAGAACCAUAUAUAAUGUUUGACUUCAAAAGUAUUGUUAAUUAACUUUCUGUUCGGUGUUCAAGAUUGUAAUUCGUCUAAUGCCUUUAUCUUUUCUUUGGUAUUUGUCUAAUGUCCUACUGGUCUGGCCGGAACUAUUAUUUGAAUAUUACCUUCUAUGUUUAUUCAAUAACCACUAAAGGUACUC